AUGACAAUUUCUUUGUGCAUUAUUGCAUUCUUCUCUGAUCUUAAUACUGCCUAUAAAUUGGGUAGUCUGGGUAAUAAGCUAGAACCUAGAAGUAAUCUUACUAAACGAAACUCUGGAGAAUUUACAUUCUAUGGCGUGGGCCUUGGUGCAUGCGGUAAAACUAAUUCGGACAGUGAACUUGUUUGUGCAAUAUCAACAGAUCUGUUCGGUUCUUCACCUGGUGGCAAUUCAAAUAAGAAUCCAAACUGCGGUAGAACGAUUACAGCGACCUUUGGUGGGAAAUCAGUUGAUCUCACGGUUGUGGAUGUAUGUGAAGGAUGUAAAACAGAUGAUGUUGAUAUGAGUCCGACAGGAUUUGAUAGACUCGCUGCUGCUUCGGCGGGACGUAUAAAAGGCACUUGGGAGUUCACAUCAUAA